AUGGCGAGUUCGACUACGCAGAAUGGGACGUAUCAGAUUUGGUCGUUGAAGGACAUCAGAAGCCAUGAGAGCUUCAGUGGCGGCCAGGAUGAGUUCGAGAGUUUUUUUUUCACCUUGGAGGCGGAGGUGACUGAGAUGGGGUGGAAGUCACUCUAUGACGCGGCGGUGGGCCACGCAGGUCCGAUAGCUGCAGAAGACAUCCAGAACGCGGAGACGCUGGAGCUGAGCAGGAACUUGAGCACGUUCCUGGCGAUGAAGAUGCGCGGGAAAGCGCUGACGAUGACUAAGUUGGCUGGUGCUGGCAAUGGGUUCGAGGCGCUGCGGCAGAUCUAUGCUGACUACCGCCCGAGUGGCGGCACUUCGGAGCACAGCCUGCUGACGCGAAGCUUCGCGGAGGUGCUGCACGACUGGGAUCACCUCGUCACUCAGCAUGAGCUGGCGAGUCAGGACACGAUCAGCGACAGGCUCAAGUGCGCGACCAUCUUGGGCUACGCGCCGCUGCCGAUCAGGAAGGUGCUCGACGGAGCUAGCCAGGAGGUCAGAGAGAACUAUGCGGUGAUGCGGACGAGGAUUCGCGAGCACUGCAUGGAGAGGAAUGCGAAGGCUUUCGUCCCCAGGCCGCCUGAGGUCACGGGAGGAGGAGGCCAGGCGCCGAUGCAGGUGGAUGCGGUCGGCCAGGUUGACGCGAUCGGGUUCGGCAAGCCGCGCUGCAACCUCUGCAAGAAGCUCGGCCACACUGCCGGCAAGUGCUGGUUCAAGGGCAAAGGUGGCGCCAAGGGCGACUCCAAGGGUGGCAAAGGUGAUGGCGGCAAGGGUGGACCGAAGGGCGGACGCGGUGGCAACGCGCCGUCGAUUGAUACGCAUAAGACAUGCCACUACUGCAAGAAGAAAGGCCACAUCAAGAUCAACUGCUUCAAGUUCAAGAAAGAUCAGGAGGACAGAAAGAAGGGCACUGUCAGCACUGUCGAGAAGGAGGCCGCCGAAGUCAAUGCGAUGGCCGUGCCCAGCGAAGACGACUCUGACGAGCGCGGCUUCUGCAUGGCGCUGGAGAGCGACUACGUCGACCACGACUCAGACGGGCACCAGGUGGACAUCGUCGACCACGACUCAGACGGGCACCAGGUGGACUACGUCGACCACGGGUCGAGCGGGCACCAGGUGGGCUGCGAGAGCUUCGGGGGCCAGCUGGAGGGCGAGUUCGCGCGCCACGCCUGCGACGACACGACCAUCAUGGCCAUCGGCGACGGGGCCAAGCUCAAGGCGUACGACGCUCACGAUUUUCUGAUGCUGGAUGGUGGCGCUGACGAGCACUGUGCACGACGAAGCUUUGCGAGACAUAGCGCAGUGGAGCCUACGUCGGCCAAGCUGAUCGCCGCCCAGAAGCAGAAGAUCUCUCUUGAUGGUGAGGCCAUGGUUCCCUUCACGACGGGGGGCCGAGUGGUUUGCAAGGCCAACUUCAAGGUCGGCCCUUUCGCUCGGAACCUACUCAGCACUGGCAGAGUCUAUGAUGCAGGUUUUGACGUGGUCCAAUCGCACAACGACGGGUGCUACGUCGGUUACCCCAAGCCUGACGGGAGGUAUGUCAAGAUCCCGAUGGUGCGGAGGAAGAACGCGUUCGGGGCCCCUGCCAGCGUGCACAAGGACCUCGAGGACGCCAAGGAGGUGGCCAAGGAGACCAAGCGGUUGCUAGGCCGCUACCCCGACCAGCAGUCGGGCAUCGUCGCCGCCAAAGAGGACGCGGUGAUGAAGGACGAGGGGGCCGUCCAGGCUGACGAAGCUGCAGCGCCUGUGCCUAUGGCAGAGGGUGCUGGGUCGGCUUCGUCGGGGCCUGGAGGUGGCGCCCCCACCGCAGCCCCACCGGCGGCAGCCAGUCCGCCUGGGGACCAGCCAGGGCCAGGGGCGGCCCCCCGCCCUGUGAGGGACCCUGAGGGAGCAGAGCUCGGGCCAGGUUCUCGAGUCGACCUGCUCCGACAGCGCUUGAAGGAGCUUGGGGCCGCGACCUACGGCACGAAGGAGCAGCUGUGGACGAGGCCCAAGCAUGCUGAGCUCAAGCACAAGCAGGACCUGGACUUCAAGAAGGCGGUCGAGGAGCGUUACCAACAGCAAGUGGACGGCCAGCCUGUGACAGAGGCCAAGGUCGCCGAGGCUCCCUACGCCCCAACGGAGGUUGAGAAGGAGCAACACGAGGACCCGCACACCAAGCAGCCCGUGUAUGGCAGCAAUGUCAGAGAGGAGCUGAGUUUCUUCGACUGGGCCUUCAACGGCACUAAGAACACGGACAAUCUCUGCGACGGGGCCGACAAGGGUCUCGGGACAUCUCUUGCGGCUGCAGACCGCAGCACUGGCCUACUCUACGGCAACGCGCUGGGGAGCAAGGCCGCAGACGAUCACACCGCGAAGCAGCUCAUGAGGUUCAUGAAGCAGCUCGCGUACCAGAAGCCAGAGCCCAGGUGCGACAGUGAGCCUGCGGUGAAGGCCCUCCAGGAUAAGGUCGCGACUGCGAGGAACGAGGAGAACCUGGAGACCAGAGCUUCGCAGGGUCGCACGCGGGACAGCAAGUCGACAGGCUUCAUCGAGACGCGGAUCCGCUGGUGGCGAGGCCGCUUCAAGGUCAAUUGGGUGCAGGUGGAGAUGAACUACGGUAUCAAGCUCACGCCGCACUCCCCGCUCUGGCCGUUCCUCGCCCACCACGCUGCGAACGUGGCUAACUGGCGCUCGCGAGGUGCCGACGGCGACGCGGCUCACUUCGCGGUCUACGGCGCGAACUACAUUGGAGCAGUGGUUCCCUUUGCUGAGGCGGCGAUGGCAAGGGUUCCAGUCAGCAAGACGGGCCAGCGACGUUCGAUGGGAGGUUUGGUUCCCAGGCUGACCAAGGCGGACACUGUCUGGGCCAAGGGGAUCUGGGCCGGCAAGACGACCAACAACGACGAGCACAUCAUCCUGACGAUCGUUGGCAAGGUGACUUGCAGGACCGCCCGCAGGUUGCCCAACGGGAAGCGCCACGACAGGGAGCUCCUCCUGAAGGUCUGCGGCGAGCCCUGGAAGGAGAAGAUCGCGCACAUGCCCCGGCCCCUCGUCAUGGACGGCGGCAGGGGCGAGGUCGCGCCGACGCCGCUGGAGGCCGCGGGCACGGAGGCCGAGGGGGCAGCUCCAGACGCCCCGACGCCUGCUGCCGCGAGUUCCUCGGGCACGGCAACCAGAGCGAGAUCCCAGAACAACGACGCCGUCCUGGGGUGGCACGAGGCCAAGAGGGGACGCCACGAGGACCCGAUCGUCGGGGCCAUCGAGGACAUCAGCGAGACGCUGGAUUACAAGGCGCUCCUGACGGCCAAGGAGCUCACGCACUGGGACAGCAGCGGCUCCCCCCAUGAGGAGGCGGCCGAGGCGCUCGACAAGGGCUUGAAGCUCUGCGAUGAGUUCGGCAUAUACUCAGUUCAUCCUCGAACGGCCGCCGACGGCAAGAAGAAGGUUGAUACCAAGUGGGAGAAGAAGGCCUGCCCGCAGUUCUACCGCAAGCCGAUGACGAGGCUGGGUCUGGAGCUGCACAUGGACGACUUCUACUGCACGGGCCGCAAGAGCGAGGUCGAGAGCUGCCUUCCGAUGAUCAGGGCCAAGUUGAAGUUGAAAGACAGCGACGUCGUCACCGAGGGCCGCUUUGAGUACCUCAAGCGGACGAGGAUCAAGACGGACGAGGGCAUCUUCGCGCAGCCGCACGAGAAGCACGCUCUCAACAUCAUCACGGAGCUAGGGCUGAAGGGCGCGAAUCCAGUCAAGACCCCCGACUUGGGAUCGGAAGAGGUAUUGGAGCACUCCCCGCCACUCGUCGACAAGCAGAUCGCGAGGCACUGUUCGCGCGUGGGGAGUGGCCUCUACCUGGCGCAAGGUCGCACCGACAUCCAGCGGGCCGUGGGGAUGCUGGCAUCUGAUCUGGCAGCACCGACGGUUGACAUGAGGAUCUACAAGAAGGGCGCGGUCCACCUGAGGAGUUUCUCCGACAGCGACCACGGAGGCAAGGAGGCGAAGCGCAAGAGCACGACCUGCGGGGUUCUGUACGCUGAUGGCGCGGCGUUGGCGACGCUGGUGAGGAGGCAGGAUCUGAUUGCAGUGAGUUCUGGAGAGAGCGAGUUCUACGCGCUGAGCACUGUGGCCAUGGACGGCAAAAUGCUCAGGGAUCUGCUCACAUGGUUCGGGUUUCGUGUUGAGUGGACCUUGGAGACGGACUCUUCAGCAGCUCGCGCGAUGUCCUUGAGGCAGGGCGUCGGGAAGGUCCGCCACCUGGACACGCGAGCACUCUGGGCCCAGCAGGCCACGCGCAUGCGCGGGCUGAAGGUGCUGAAGUGCAAGGGGGGCGAGAAUCCCAGUGACAUUGGGACGAAGCCACACACGUCCGAGGCUCAUGAGCAGCUCUGCAAGCAAGUGGGGCCACGCCGACUCAAUGGAGACUUGGGAGUUGUUCGCGAGGUCAAGGUGAACGUUGUGAUCGAGAAGUUGGGACGGACAGCUCGUGGCACGCAGUGCGGCGGGAGGAUUGCGAGCAGCCCGAGCCUCAACACAGCGACCCUGGCCUUGUGCAUGGCCCUGCAAGCCCAACGAGGAGAAGGAGUUCAAGAUGGAGGCGGUGCUGGAGGCACCGACGAUGACAACCGCGACUUCAUGAUCGCGCCCGUGAUGCUGCUGCUCAGCUGGGCGCUCACCUUUGCGCUGGGCUUCCUGACGGCAAUCUGGGCGCUGCGGGGGCGCAUUGCCCCUUCGCCACAGGCGCCCAGGGCGAGCUCCUCAUCAGGAGGAGAGCGCGACCCAGAGGUCAUGACGAAGAUGAUGAUGAACGGAAGCUGGGUGUUCCACCUGCCGGAGACCGACAGGGCGGCGCACCAGAGCAGGCGCUGCCGAGCUCUCGAGGGAGUUCUCUACGUGGAGCGGCGCCUGGCGGCGCGCCGCAGGUGCGAGGUGUGCUUCGCAAAGAAGCAUGAGUGA